CCAGCCUUAUAUAGGUAGUCGGUAGACUUUGGAAUAAAAUAGACUAUCAAUCUUUUACACCACUACUGCUGUGCCGAAUCUUUGUCCACGGACACAUUACAACGAUAGCUUCGGACUCCAAGUCGGGAAGACAGCAGGACAGAGACUAGCAGACCAGUGAAAAACCAUUGGCAACGUACUGGGAACUCUUCAAUUGCUGGGAUGGAACAACCAGAUGUUAAAACCAAAUCGAGAAGAAGAUUUCGUGGAGAAAAACAUCGGAUUUCCGUGUCGCGUGGUGACCGGAAACAAGGCCGUGCAGUCCGUCUUUGACAUCGAUCUUUUCAAAAAGGAGGAAUUUUGUUUUGGAAUUGGAGAAGUCAGGAAGGAUUUCACGGAAGGCGUCUGUCCAUGCAUCCAGUCAAACGGCAAGGUCCACGAGAAAAACAAGGGGUUUUUGAUGGAAGUGAUCGCAAAGGCUGGCGAAAACAUCCCUUCAUCAAUCGCGUUGUCGGUUUUGUCCAACGUCUCUAAAUGGGGUAGUACACCAAUGAGCGACUUCGAGUCAAAGUUGGCGGAUGUAGCGGCGGAUGCCGUUCUUCCAAACAUCUUUGGUGAAUCAACCUCUUUUCCCGGGGAAGAGAUCCGUCUUUAUAGAAGCGGGGCGAUUGCAGUAAGAUCUUCCGUUAUCAAAGCUUUCACAGGGAUGAACCUUGACGAAGAACGUCGGGCAAUGACGUCAAUCCUUGAGAAGAUUAAGACAUCAGAGAGGUACCAGCAACUUUUGGAUCUUGGAAAGUCGCACGGCUUGGGAGAAAAAGAGGCGACGGCACAACUGCUCUUCCCGGUAUUCAUCAACGGAGCUUACGGCUUGGCAGCUCACCUGGUGGGUACCUUCGCCUGCUUGGACACCGUCAGCGCAGAAGACCGGGAGGAGCUACGGCAGGAGGCGCUUGCUGCCCUGAAGAAACACGGAGGCCUGACCCAUGAGUCCCUGGAGGAGAUGCCGAAAAUUGAGAGCUUCGUCUUGGAAGUGCUUCGAGUCUGUGGAAAUCCAGUCUUUUGGAGCACCAUCGCCACACGUCCAACGACUGUCGAGUACACCACGGAUAGCGGGGAACACACACUGAAGAUCGAGGAAGGUGAGCGUGUGUAUGCUAGUUCCUACUGGGCACUGAGGGAUCCAGCCGUCUUCGACAAACCAGAAGACUUUUUGUGGCGCAGGUUCCUCGGACCAGAGGGUGAAGGUCUUCGAAAACACCACGUUACCUUUCACGGACGACUCACCGACACACCAGCGGUCAACAACCACAUGUGCCCGGGUAAAGACGUCUCGUUGUCAGCGCUAAAAGGCAGCAUCGCGAUUUUUAACACGUUCUUUGGCUGGGAACUCCAGGAGCCGCCGUUCUGGACCGGGAAGAAGCUGUCCCGCGGUAGUCUACCUGACAAUGAAGUGAAAAUCAAGUCGUUCUGGGUACAGCACCCUGAAGACUUGAAAGAGGUCUUCCCAUCCCACUUUCAGGACAUCAUUGCUGAAGUAGAUUAUGUUGGUGACAUUGACGUACUCGUCAAAACGAAGACCGGGAAGUACAGUGGCUCUGGAACAAACUCUAACGUCUACAUCCGCCUCUUUGACGACAAAGGCCACCAGUCCCGUGAGCUGCAGUUGGAUGUGUGGUGGAAAAACGACUUUGAAAAAGGACAGGAAGGACAGUACAAACUGAAGGAUGUAAAAGUGGCUGCCCCGAUUGAAAAGAUAGAACUGUUUCGGGACGGAUGCCACCCUGAUGACGACUGGUACUGUGAGUCCGUCUCUGUCCAACUCAACCCGGACAACAGCGGACCUACAUACGACUUCCCUGUGAACCGUUGGAUCAGGCAAAAUGAUCACGUGUGGCUGAGUCCCGGUGGAUGUGAGCCUACAAAAGACGACGUGAAACCCAAAGACGGCUAAGAUGAGCUUUUGUUGAUUUACAAAACCAUCAUAAGAUUAUAAUUUGUUACAAGUGUUGUUGGUGGAUAAAAACGAUAACUUGUUUACUUUUAUAUUGAGGGGUCUAUCAUAAUUUGUAUCUUGCACGUAUCUGUUACUAGCACGUGGUGAAUGUUGUAUACGUAUCUCAUUAAUAGCAAAGCAGCCUGUUAAACCUUAGCUUUGACUAGGCUCCACAGCUCCCUGGAAAUAGACAUCAUAAAAAAACUAGCCAAAUAGACAUGUACCAUCCCCUCGCAUGCUUCAUUAAAAGAGGGUCUCUUAUAAUUUUUUUUACUUACUUGUAUACAUUACUGGCGAAUGAAGUAUCUUAUUAGUAAAAUAGCCUGUUAUAUAUGCAGUUGCCUCUAUCAGAUAAUACCGGUCACUGGAAAAAAGAAAUUGACCAAACAGAUAGGCAACAUGCUAAAAGAGGUAGCGGGUCAGAGAGUACAGUUUGCAUGGAAGUAGCGAGGGAGACUACUAAAAUGCCGAAGGAGUAAGCUGUCGUGGGGGUUCAGUUUGCAACUGGCUCCCUAUACUUGUUGAGCUGUUCUCUCAGGUCAGCUAACUCCUCUGGUGUUUUAUUUUAGAGUCUAUUUUGCGAUAUUGUUUGCAAUCCGUGGGGUCUUGUAGAGGUACUGGAAGGCAACCUACUACUAUAUCUGCCUUGCAGGAAUGUUCAAUAAAUUUAGUUAAACUGUCAAAGUACACAUAAUUACGCAAGGGCAUAUAGUAUUACAUGUGUUAUUCUUGGACUUUGGUCGCUGUAUACCGGUAGUAUAUAUCAUCAGCAGUCAUUGACAAUUUCAUGCUUGGGUUAAGUUUAAUGAAUAAAAUAAAGCGGUGGAAAUUGUGGUAUCAAA